GGUCUCGGGCCCCCAGGCGGAGCGGCGGGCGCCGGACCCCCAGGUGGAGCGACAGGUCUCGGGCCCUCAGGCGGAGCGGCGGGCGCCGGACCCCCAGGCGGAGCGACAGGUCUCGGGCCCCCAGGCGGAGCGGCGGGCGCCGGACCCCCAGGUGGAGCGACAGGUCUCGGGCCCUCAGGCGGAGCGGCGGGCGCCGGACCCCCAGGUGGAGCGACAGGUCUCGGGCCCUCAGGCGGAGCGACAGGUCUCGGGCCCCCAGGUGGGGCGGCGGGCGCCGGACCCCCAGGUGGAGCGGCGGGCGCUGGACCCCCAGGCGGAGCGACAGGUCUCGGGCCCCCAGGCGGAGCAGCGGGCACCGAGUCACCAGGCACGACAGUGGGCUCCGAGUCAACUGGCAUGACCGCUGGCACUAGGUCAGACAUUGGAUCGUCUGGCUGGACAGCGGGCAUCGGGUCACCAGGCAUCAGGUCAUUUGGCGACAGCGGGCACCGUGUCAUCUGGCAAGGCAGUGGGCUCCGAGUCAACUGGUAUGACCGCGGGCACUGGGUCAGACAUUGGAUCGUCUGACCGGACAGCGGGCAUCGGGUCACCAGGCAUCAGGUCAUUUGGCUCGACCGCGGGCACCGCGUCAUCUGGCAAGGCAGUGGGUUCCGAGUCAACUGGCAUGACCGGGGCACUGGGGCAGACAUUGAAUCGUCUGGCUGGACAGCGGGCAU